AUGGCGGACUUAUCAACACAGCUGUGGGAUCUCGGGAACAAAAAUCGAAGAUAUUCCUACGCCAUCGGGAUUCUAUUUAUUCUCAGCGUUGUGUUCACCAACUACUUGCACAUAUUAAUGAUGGGAUGGUCCUUUGUUGCUGGACUGUUGAUGUCUUACCUUAUUAUUAGCAAUAACCCAUUAUUGCCUAAUCUAUUACCCAUGUUUAGAAGAGAACAAAAAGUCACAUCAGAUGUGAGUGAUACACCAGUACAAACCAUUAAGGUCUGCUCUAUAUGUGGAGAUGAAAAGUGUACCAGGCACAGACCAGAACUAACUAUAACAACUCUACAACCAUGGGCUAAUUUCUAUAUUCCCCAAAGGGUAGAUAAUGCGAUAGCCGAGCUUUUAGAGUUGGUGCUUAAAAAUUUUAUCUAUGUUUGGUAUCAUGACUUGAGUUCAGAUGAACAGUUUGUGACAACUCUUCGUCAGUCUUUAAGAUAUGCUGUUGCAGUUAUUCUUAAAAGAGCUAAGAAGCUGGAUAUACCACAUUUAAUUAUUCAUAAACUCAUCAAAGCUGCUCUUUCACAUUUUGAUUCUUACAUGAAGGGCAGAAAAGAAGGUGGAGAAGAUAUUCAACAAGUUACUUUAGAUUUAAUGGGACAGCAUCUGCACUGUGCAAUGCACAGUAGAAAAUCAGAGUUACAGUAUCUCAGAAAGAUGACAGAAGCGUUACUUCCACAUAUAUUUCCACGCAAUGCCCUGGAGUGCAAGGGUGUCUGUGCCUUGGUACGUGAGAUAUUGUCAGGCUCUUUAUUACUUCAAGGAAUGGAUGUAAUUGCAGAUCCUGACAUGGUCAAUAAAUUACUUCUCAUAUUCUUUGAUGAAGAACCAAUGACAGCAUGUACUGAUGCACCGUCACCCAAAGUGUGUAUAUUAGAAGCAUUCUAUGAGACCAAUCAUAAACCAAGAAAUUCAGCACUGAGUUUAGAAUUGACUGAUAUGCUGAAGGAUAAGAUGAUUUUGUAUCACUUCAUGGAAUUUAUGAAAAAUGAAGGAUCUCUUAAUGUUUUACAAUUCUGUCUCUCAGUAGAGGAUUUUAAUCGAAGGAGUUUAGUGCCAGAACUGUCUAUUGAUCAGAUGGUAUGUCUGCACCAAGAAGCUCAAGAUCUUUACAGAUUGUACUUUGCACCUCAUGCAAUAGAUAGAAUACAGUUUGAAGAUGACAUUAUAGGUGAAGUUAAAUCAAUUGCUGAGGGUCCAUAUAAGGAGGUUACACGACUCCGUACUUCAGAUGCAUUAUUCAGGGCUUAUGAACAUGCAUAUAAUUUACUGGAAAACACUUUUUGUCCUCUAUUUCACCAAAGUGAUGCAUAUUAUACAAUGCUGUGUGGGAGAAGACUGUCAUAUGACUGCAGACCUCUCAGUCCUGUCAGUGACCUCUCACCUACGACACCGUCGCCUCCGCCAUCGCCGCCCCCACCACCGCCUUCUGCAGCUCAGUUGCAGCAACGGAGACGAUCUAAUGAACCAUUGUCUGCUGUAUCUAAACUAGGCAGUAGAAUUAAAGGAGUAUUCAAGAGUCAAACAGUAGAAGAAAGGUUAUUGAUGGAAGCAGAAGAUAUGCUUGAAAGCGAUUCACCACAGUCUGUAACUGACAUUCUUGGAGUUGAAGACAUAUUGCCGUUGAGUUUCCCACUUCGUGAUCUCAGUGCAUGGAGGGUGAAUAUACUGAGGUGUGGACUACGCCAAGAAGGCAAUAAUAAGUAUUUUGUUUACGUCAUCCAUGUUGACAGACUAGAUGUCAGGACAGCUGGUGAGGAAAAAAUGUCUUGGGAAGUUGAAAGGAGAUAUCAUGAAUUUUAUGUUUUGGAGAACAAAUUGACUGAAUUUCAUGGUGUAUUUGAGGACUGUUCGUUGCCUUCUAAAAGGUCUUUUGGAACCAGAACCCAAGACUUUAUUGAAUCAAAGUUACCAAUACUGGAAAAAUGGCUACAGAUGUUACUAACCAAGCCAGUGUUGAGAGGCAGUGAAUUGUUGUAUAAUUUCUUGACUACUAAGGAUGAAUUUGUUGCCAAACUAUUACCAGAUGUCAACUUUGGUAAAAUGUUGAAAUCAGUGCCAAAUAGACUACUGAAGGAGAGAGGGCAAUUUUUGGAGCCAUUUUUACAGUCCUUUGCUGCAUCCACCGAAGCUCCCAAACCCAAGCCAAGUGGAAAUGACCUCAGAGACAAAACAUAUGAGACAUUAUUAGAAAAGCGACAUAGUGAUAUAUAUGAUGAUAAUGCUGAGUUCAAUGUGGAUGAUGAUGAUGAAAUACAGUACACUCGAGAGAUUACUGAUGUCAAUGUAUUGGAUUUAGAUGGUGCUUUUGAGUAUGUUGUAUAUUUAGCUCGAGCUGCUUAUGAAAUUCCCGUCUGGAUUCAUCAAAUAUUGAUGACUGUUAAAAUACUAGCAAAGAAUACAAUAGAAGGCUACUUAGAUUA